AAUCGACAUAAUUUUAUUCUGGGAAAAGUUAAUAAAUUCGUAAUUUUAAUUAUUUUAUUAAUAUCGCUUUAAAAAGUUUUCAAUUAUUUAAAAUUUUAUGAAAUUUUUCCAUUUACUUGUACCGAAGAUAUUAUAUAUAAAAUGAAUUCACAAAUGUCCAAUGUUGAAAACCUGUCGCCCCAAACUAUAAAAAAUGUUAUUAAAGAAAUGCAUGAACUAAUGAAUAAUGAGCCCUUGGAAGGAAUAAAAAUUCACAUGAAUGAUAGUGAUGUGACCGAUAUUCAAGCUAUUAUUGAAGGGCCUGCCGGAACUCCUUACAAUGGUGGUGCAUUUCGUGUUAAACUUGCCUUGGGGAAAGAUUUCCCUCAAACACCACCUAAAGCAUUUUUUUUAACAAAAAUAUUUCAUCCAAAUGUUUCCGCAAAUGGUGAAAUUUGUGUUAAUACUUUGAAAAAGGAUUGGAAGCCAGACUUAGGCAUUCGUCAUAUAUUGUUAACUAUUAAAUGUUUACUUAUUGUACCAAAUGCUGAAUCCGCUUUGAAUGAAGAAGCGGGUAAAAUGCUACUUGAACGUUAUGAUGAUUAUUCAUCGAGAGCAAAAAUGAUGACCGAAAUUCAUGCACAGCCCGCUAAAAAUAACGAUUCAAAUGAAGAUGAUGGACCUUUAUCUAAAAAACAUGCUGUUGAUAAAAAAAUACAGGACAAAAAGAAAGAAAAAUUAAUAAAAGAAAAGAAAAGGAUCCUGAAAAGGUUAUGAGAAGCUUAAAGAAAUAAUUAAAUUAAAUAAAAAAAAGAUAUUCUUAAAUUUUUCAAGUAUUUAUUAAGACAUAAAAAAAUGUAAUGAAACGGUAAUCUAAACAAUUUAAAAUAUCUCUAAAAUGGGGAAAUGAUUAAAGAAAUUCUUUUCUGAAAUAAUUCAAAAACAUUAGAAAGUAAAAUAUUUUCUUACCUAAGUAUUUUGAUAACAAUGUUUCUCAGAAAUUAAAUUUUUCGUUUAAGUUUUCUUAAGUGUGCCGUGUAUUAUGAUGCAAUUAUUGAUUAUAUCAAAAAAAAAACAUAAAACAAUGUUCAUUUGAAUAUUUGAAAAGGCUCGCCUUUUUAUAAGUUUUAAGUCACCUUGCAAUUAAAACAUAUAGCGAAAAUAGAAAAUAAAAAAAAAAUAAUAUUUUAAAGAUUGAUAAAUAUAUUCCAAAUUAGUUGUAAAAAUAAUAUUUGUAUUUUCAUCAUGAUUUCCUUAAAAUUAUUAUGUUGAAUGUAUAUAUUUGUAUGUAUAUGGAAAUUAAUAUUUUAUAAUUUAUAUUCUUGAUGAUUGUAGAAACAUACCUUUAAUUUUUAUAAAUAAUAUUGUAUAAUUAUAUUUAAUUUAUAUGAUAUUCAUCAUUUCAAUCGUUUUAAAUAUUAAACAAUACUAAAUCUGUAAUUACAAAAAAUAUAAAAAAAAAAACAAAUAAAAAGAAAAAAAAACAAAAAAAAAUUAAUAUAAAUUAUGUCAGUUCGAACAUGUUUACAUUUUAUAUUAAGAAAUUAAUGGUUUUAAAAGAGCAAUGGCAAAUGAAAAAUAUUGGUUUUAAUUUAAAUGUUGACAUAAUCACAUAGUAUUAAAAAGUUGACAUAAAUUGGAGUAUGCUGAGAUGAGUAAAUUUAAGUAAGAUACCAAAUACCAAUAAUUUAUCGGUCAAAAUUUUAAUUAAGAAUUUUCGAUCUCUGAGAUAAUUUGUAUUGCUUGGAAAUCAAAUAAAAGAUUUAAAAGUUAAAAAAAUAAAUAAAUUAUCAAAUUACAAAUUUCAAUAAUUGCAAAGUUGUCAUAUUUUCAAUUAUUCAAUAACAUAUAAAUUUAAUUAUCUAUUGUUUAUUUAAAAAGUCAUUUUCAUUUAAUUUAAGACAAUUUAAAAUAUCAAGCUUUUUCAAUAUUUUUACAUUACAUUUAAGCAAUGUUUAUGUAUGUAUACAAAAAUUAAUUCUUAAUUUGAAUGUUAUAUUAUUUCUAUUUUUUGUUAUUUUUUUUUAUAUGAAAUAUUAGAAAAAAAAACAAUUAUUUUUUAUUAUUUUGACGCUAUUUAUUUAAGAAAAAAGAAAUCUAAUUUAACAUAAAUCACAAUUUUUAUAAGAAGAAAAAACUAAAUAGAUUUUAUUACUAAAAAUGUACAAAUCUAAUUUUAAUUACAUGUAUUAAAAAUUGAACUAAUAAAUAAAAGAUUUAUGCAAUAUUAAAAAUUUAAUACAUUACAAAUUAAUAACUUUAUAAUGAAUCAAAAGUCAAAAUAAAUUAAUGUAAUUAAAAUUUUUGGCUUGUGUAUAAAAGCUGGACUAAUUCAAAGAAAAUUUGAAAUAUUAAUACUGCUAGUCAAUCGACAAGAUUUGUUUAAUUAAAAAUUUGAAGGAAGACAGUUCUUAAUAUAAGCUGUUUUCUAUAUAUAGCAUAUUCCAUAUUCUUUCGAUAUAUAUGCAUUUUUAAUAAUACAUUUAUGUAUGGACAAGAGUUUGAAAUGCUGUAAUUGUUAUUAAAUUCGAAACAAAUUUAGUGUUUUUUUGAUUACCAUAGCUAUUGUAUGAAUAAAAAUAUAAUAGAAUGAAUCCAGCUAUAUAUCAAUGGUCAUACUUUAUGUAUUAAUAUACCAACCAAAUUUUUUUCUUUUGAAAUUUAUUUGAGAAAUUGAGGUUACUUAAUAGUAAUUUUUAAAUAUAGUUUUUAAUUACCACAUUAUGUAUGCUAAAUAUUAGGUUUUGCAUACUAAAAAUCAAUACAAAUUUCAGAAUUGAAUAAACAGGAAAUAAGUAUAUUUUCCUUCUACAUAAUUCAUUAAGUGAUCUCAAAUUCCAUACUAAUAUAAAUUCAAUACUAAUGAAACGGAAAAACUUAGAAA